AAAACUUCAGAUACGUAAAAGAAGAAGAAGAAGAAAAAAGAGUCAAAAUAAAACCUAAUAAUAAUUUUUAAAAGCAACCCUUUUCUUUUGUUGGCGAAAUCGAUUGCUUGAAACGCCACACACAUACACAACAAACAACCCCUGGCGUCGUGUUUCCAUUAACUUCUUUUGUCUGAGUCGUCUUUAUUAAAGGGCUUAAACAUAAACGAGAGAUUAUUUCAUUUCUGUUUCAAAUCCUAUAACAUAAAUCUUCAAUUUUCCUGUCUGAGAUUUAGUUUGGUCAUAUACCGACGUGUAGUAAUUUCAUCUUCUGUUUUAUUGUGCUUCUCAUCUUCAUCCUCGGUUUCAUCGUCACAGCAUUUAGACAGAGAAAUGGCUACCGUUGUGUGUCACCAAGCUAUUACUUCUCACAGACCUUCUAACAGCUUCAAAGCUUCUCACUUUCCUAAGGAGCCUCUUAAUGUUCCUAUCAAACUCAGACAAAAGCAAUUCAAGAUCCAAGCAACUGCAUCUCAAGCUCCACUUCUUGACCCUGUCUUGUCUCCUUCCAAGAACAUCCCUCAAUCUUACAAGAAAAAAUCAAAUGAAGCCUCUUUGAUACUAAUUAGGCAUGGAGAGUCCUUAUGGAACGAGAAGAAUCUCUUCACGGGCUGUGUUGAUGUUCCAUUAACUGAGAAAGGUAUUGCAGAAGCUAUCCAAGCAGGGAAGAGGAUCAGCAACAUACCUGUUGAUUUGAUCUUCACUUCUUCUCUUAUCCGUGCUCAGAUGACUGCUAUGCUUGCCAUGACUCAACAUCGCUGCAAGAAGGUUCCAAUCAUUUUGCAUGAUGAGAGUGAAAAGGCGCAGACCUGGAGUCAUGUUUUCAGCGAAGAAACUAGGAAGCAAUCUAUCCCUGUUAUAGCUGCUUGGCAACUCAACGAGAGAAUGUACGGAGAGCUGCAGGGUUUAAACAAGGAAGAAACAGCUGAAAGAUAUGGAACACAACAAGUUCAUGAAUGGCGUAGGAGUUACCACAUUCCUCCUCCUAAAGGAGAGAGCCUAGAGAUGUGUGCUGAGAGAGCAGUGGCUUACUUUGAAGACAAUAUUCAACCAGAGCUUGCGUUUGGGAACAAUGUGUUGAUUGCUGCUCAUGGGAACUCGUUGAGGUCUAUCAUUAUGUAUCUUGACAAGUUAACUUCUCAAGAGGUUACAAGUCUUGAGCUAUCUACGGGUUUACCCUUACUAUACAUCUUCAAAGAUAGGAAGUUCAUGAGACGAGGAAGCCCUGUUGGUCCUACAGAAGCUGGUGUCUAUGCUUAUACUAAGAGAUUGGCGCAAUACAGACAGAAGCUUGAUGAGACUCUUAACCAAUAGAAGAUCUUUCUCUCUUUUGUUGUCUUUCAUUAUCAUCAAUAACAUUUUUAUAUUAUGUACUUGAACUUGAUACACAACGAACUACGAAGGUUGGUCUAUAUGUUUUUAGAUUCAGACAUUAAUUGUAAGAGGGAGCUCUGAGUCUCCAACGGUUUAGUACUUUCCUUCUUCAACAACCAUGACUCCAGCUUCAUUAGCUCUGCUCAAAUGUACACAAAGACCUAUCUCAAACUCCAUCUCAGUUUUCUCUCCAUUACUUAACACAAUGCUCUUGAACCCGAGAAGCUGUUUCUCAGCUAGUUUCCCAUCUUCUCCUCCUCCUCCUCGUCUCUCGUGCCUCACAAACGUCAGCACACAGCACUGGAUGUUUCCUCGUAAUGUGUACAUUUUUGGUUCUUAUUCUUAGUCAGUUUGCACUUCUAGGCCUUUGCUGUUGGGCUUUUGAAUCAAUGGCCCACUAAUAUAAAUGCGAUUUGUUACUUUUCAUCUUUCCCGGUUUGGGU